GGUUACCUCCACUGUCACGUGAGACUGCCAGUAACGUGACUCUCAUGAACGGGAAAUGGGAACAGAGACAGGAUAACUAACCCCACAAUCUUGAAUCACGUCUCCACUUUGUCUCGGUUGGUCGUCGGUUCCGUCCAGAGCAGCUUUCAGGGUCCUCGGUGGUCCUAGAGGGGUCCAAUCAGCAGACAGUUAUGGGCUCCCUGUUCCGAAGCGAGGAGGUGUGCCUGGUGCAGCUCUUCCUCCAGUCUGGCUCGGCCUAUAACUGUGUGAGCGAACUGGGAGAGCUGGGAUUAGUGGAGUUUAGAGACUUGAAUCCUAACACGAAUGCGUUCCAGAGGAAGUUUGUCGGAGAGGUCAGGCGAUGCGAGGAGCUUGAGAAGACUUUUUCCUUUUUGGAGCAGGAGAUCAUUCGCUCCAUAGACCCCCCCCUGAAGGGUCCCCUCCGCCCUCCGUCCCCUGUGCCUUCGGCCCCUCAGCCACGUGAACUCAUCACCAUAGAAGAGGAGAGUGAGAGGCUGGCCAGAGAGCUCAGAGAGGUGUCCAGAAACAGAGACAGCCUCCGGACUCAGCUCACUCAGCUCUGUCAGUACAAAGGAGUCCUGACCCAAACACACUCACUUACAGCCACUCAGGCACCCCCACCUGUGCUGGAAGGCCACGGCCUGUUUGAUCAUCGCCAAGAUAUCCGCCUCAGUUUUGUUGCAGGGGUGGUCCAUCCCUGGAAGGUCCCAUCGUUCGAACGCUUGCUGUGGCGGGCAUGUCGCGGUUACAUUAUCGUGGAUUUUAGAGAAAUGGCUGACCGACUUGAGCAUCCAGACACUGGGGAAAUGGUUCAGUGGACCGUCUUUCUUAUCUCCUUUUGGGGGGAUCAGAUUGGACAGAAAGUGAAGAAGAUAUGUGACUGCUUCCAUACGCAGACAUUUGCAUACUCCGAGAGCCCAGCUGAGAGGGAGGAGAUUCUGCAGGGGCUUCAAGGCCGAAUUGAAGACAUCAAAUCGGUGUUGUCUCAGACCGAAGCUUUUCUGCAGCAGCUGCUGCAGCGAGCAGUGGCCGUCCUGCCGCAGUGGAAGGUCAGGGUCCAGAAGUGCAAGGCGAUCCAGUCGGUGCUGAACCUCUGCAGCCCGUCCGUGACAGAUAAGUGCUUGAUCGCAGAGGCCUGGUGUCCCACUGCCAAGCUGCCGGAGCUGCAGAGCGCCCUCAGAGAGGGAGGGAGGAAGAGCGGCAGUGGGGUGGACUCCUUCUACAACCGCCUGCCCUCCUCCACCCCUCCUCCCACCCUGUUCCCCCUCAACUCCUUCACAGCUGGUUUCCAGAACAUUGUGGACGCCUAUGGUGUGGCCAGCUACCGUGAGGUCAACCCAGCUGUUUACACCAUAAUUACUUUCCCCUUCCUGUUUGCGGUGAUGUUUGGGGACGUGGGUCACGGUCUGCUCAUGUCUUUGGCUGCCCUCUGGAUGGUGCUUGAAGAAAAAGACCCCAAACUAAAAAACAAUAACAAUGAGAUCUGGAGGAUGAUGUUCGGAGGACGCUAUUUGAUCCUGCUGAUGGGCCUCUUCUCUAUCUACACCGGAGCCAUUUACAACGAGUGUUUUAGCCGAGGCAUCACAACCUUUAGCUCUGGUUGGCACGUGGGGCCGAUGUUUGAAAAGAACAUCUGGAACUCAUUGGUGCUGAAGGAAAACCAGUACUUGUCUUUGGAUCCUAAUGUGUCCGGGGUUUUCACCAGUCCCUAUCCCUUCGGGAUUGAUCCGAUCUGGGGUCUGGCGAACAACAAACUAACCUUCCUUAAUUCAUACAAGAUGAAGAUGUCGGUCAUUGUCGGCAUCAUUCACAUGACGUUUGGGGUCUGCUUAUCGUUCUUUAACUACUGGCACUUUGGGAAGAUCAGCAGUAUAUUCUUUGUGCUGAUCCCCGAGCUGUUCUUCAUGCUGUGCCUCUUCGGGUACCUCGUCUUCAUGGUGGUCUUUAAAUGGAUCGUUUACACUCCAGCUGACUCCAGAAUCGCCCCAAGCAUACUGAUCCACUUUAUAGACAUGUUCCUGUUCACAGACAACCCAGAGAACCCCCAGCUGUUCACGGGGCAGCUUAUAGUGCAGAAGGUCCUGGUUGUUCUGGCUCUGUGUUCAGUCCCUGUCCUCCUGUUGGGGAAACCUGUGUGUGAAUAUGUCUCCCAUAAAUCAAGACGGCGGCAACACUUAGAUGAGGACAGACGGCCGUUGGUGGCCGACGAAGGCUCAGUCAACACGGGCCAGGGGGAGGUGGAGGCAGGAGCGGCUGCAGAGGAGAUAACUCAGGAGUUUGAUGCAGCAGAUGUGUUCAUGCAUCAGGCCAUCCACACUAUUGAGUACUGCUUGGGCUGCAUCUCCAACACAGCCUCCUACCUGCGGCUUUGGGCCCUCAGUUUGGCUCACGCACAGCUGUCAGAGGUGCUGUGGGUCAUGGUCAUGCGUAUUGCCCUGACUUGGAAAGACUAUGUCGGAUCCGUUGUGCUCAGUGUGAUUUUUGCCUUCUUCGCUGUGUUGACCGUCUCCAUCCUCCUGGUCAUGGAGGGGCUCUCAGCUUUUCUACAUGCGCUCCGUCUGCACUGGGUGGAGUUUCAGAAUAAGUUCUACAGCGGAACAGGCUACAAACUCAGCCCGUUCUCUUUCGCCUCACUGAUCAACGCUGCACCUGCAAUAUGAUGAGCCAGAUAAUUACAAAAAUGUUAAAUUAACUAAAGCAUUUCUGUAUCUUAAUGGUAUUCUACCACCUGUAUGCCAUGAAAGGUUUAAUUAACUUACACAAUAAUCAGGAUGAAAAAUGAAGACUGUUAUUUUUAUAUCAACAGAAAGGUACAACCACUUGCUUAAUUAUGAACCCAUUAUAUGAAAACUACACCUCUAUUCCCUUUUUGGUAUUUUUAAACUGUAAUACAACAUAGUAGUUUUUUGGGGGUUUUUUUUAUAUGCAAGUUCAAAAUGUUAUGUAACUUUUUUCUGUGUGAUUAUUUGAAAACAUGAAUUCUGAAAAGGGAAAGACCUUGUGCUGAUGAAUCUUUUUGCAGUAAAGGGGAAUUCGACAGGGUUGACUUGGUCUUGUUUGGUAAUUUAGUCUGAAUGAUAUUUAAAAGCCAAAGACUUUCCUUCAUGAUCGUGUCCCAACAGGUUUUUCUAGUGCCUUACUGAAGCCGGUAUGUUUAAAUCUUUGCUGCUGUUCUUAUGCCACUUCAAGCCUUUCUGUUGGCAUGUUUUUUUGUUUUUGUUUUUUUUUUUCAAUUUAACUGAUUGCAUUUAAUCAAAUUGGAAAUUAAAUAAAGUGUUGUUCCUGAU